UGUGUGCAAUCGAUGGCAACGUUUUGAAGACAUUCACCGUUUUUGUCAUUUAUUUCAUUUGAAAUCAUUUCAUCUGUUUUUAAGACAUCUUUUAACGUAUUUUAAUUGAUUGACACAAACGAUGCCGCGAUUGGCACAAGAAGUACAGCCCGAACCGGAAGGUCCGAAGUUUGUGGGCAUUAAGUUCUGUCAGGAAUGCAAUAACAUGUUGUAUCCGCGCGAAGACAAGGAGACCCGAGUGCUGCUCUACGCCUGUCGAAACUGUGAUUACAAACAAAUCGCAGACAAUAACUGCGUUUAUGUCAACAAAAUCACACACGAAGUCGAUGAAUUGGCGCGUAUAGUGAGUGAUGUGAUUCACGACCCAACACUUCCACGAACUCGAGAGCAUCCCUGUCCUCAGUGCGGUCAUAAGGAGGCCGUCUUCUUUCAGGGCCAGUCCAGGAGGGCUGAGGACGACAUGAGGCUCUACUACGUGUGCACGGACUCCAAGUGCUCUCACAAGUGGACCGAAUGAACACUACUUUUAACCACUAUUUUCAUUAUUUUAGACUUUAAAUCAUUUGAAACA